AUGAAGUCACAGUUCAACGAUGUCUUUUCCCUCAGGAAACCAAAGGAUGCCAGGGCUGGAUUGUCCAGCGGCGCCAAAUCUAUCGGCAAAGGUGUGUUGGCAGGCGUUGUGGGACUGGUAGCGGCUCCUGUCAUGAUGGCCAGGGAGGAGGGCGUGAAGGGAUUUGCCAAGGGCGUUGGAGCAGGCGUUUUAGGAGCUGCAGUCUUGCCGGUUAUGGGAGUGGGAGUUGGAGUGACACAGAUGGUGAGGGGGGUGGCAAACACACCUGAAGCCAUCAGGGAGGCCCAGCGUGGGAAACACUGGGACACGGUGAGAUGCCUCGCGCUGGUGACCGAUGACGAGAUAUUUGCGAGCGUGCGCGAGCAGUGGCACCGCAGCGGCGGCGGCGCUGCCGGUGCAUCGGGCCGGGUGGAUUACUACGCGCUGCUGGGCGUCGAGCGUGACGCGCCCCCUGAAGCCAUAAAGCGCGCCUACUACGUUCUCGCCCGCAAGUACCACCCCGACAAGAACAGGGGAGACCCUACUGCAAAUGAGCGCUUCCAGCAGCUCGGUGAGGCUUACCAGGUGCUGGGCAAUGCGGAGCUGCGCGCGCGCUACGACGCCAACGGCGCGGACGGGUUGAAUGUGGAUUUCAUGGACAGCGCCGAAUUCUUCACCGCUCUGUUUGGCUCGGACCGCUUCGAUCACCUGGUGGGCGAGCUCAUGAUCGCGUUGGCCGCUCGCAGCGGCGGGGAUUUCCAGCCGGGGCAGAUGAAGAGGCUGCAGGCAGCGCGGCAGGAGCGGCUGGUUGUGAUGCUGAAUGCGCUGCUGCGGCGCUACGUGGAGGGCGACGAGCAGGGGUUCAGGGAGGCGAUGGUGGCUGAGGCGGACAGCCUGGCGCAGACGCCGUUUGGGCCGACGAUGCUGCGCGCAAUCGGGGGUACGUACCGCAGCCAGGCGGAGAUCGCGCUCGGCAACUUCUUCGAGGGCUCCGUUGCCGCCAUGCGCUCCAAGGGCGCCGCCUUCAAAUCCCAAAUACACGCCGCCGGCCUCGCCCUCAAAGUUUACCAGACGCAGCAGCAGAUAGAGCGGCUGGAGAAGCAGCACGCGCAGCAUCAGCGGGAGAGUGGAGCUGCGUCAUUUUCUUCUCAACAGCAGCACUCGUCAGGGGAUGCUCAGGGUGCAGCAGGCUCCAGCAGCAAAGUUUCAGCUGAAGGCGAAUCAGCUGAUCACUCCAGCGCUGACGCAGCUAGCGCGGUGGGCAUCUCGAUGGCGGCCGAGCGCGCAAAGCUGGAGGAAGCUGCGCUGCCGCUGAUGCUGGAUGCCAUGUGGGCUGCCAACGUUCUGGACAUCCAGCACACAGUCAAGGCAGUCUGCCAAGAGGUGCUGCGGAGCCCGGCGUCGCCGAAGGAGGUGCGGCGGCUGAGGGGGCUGGCGCUGAAGGAGCUGGGCGGCAUCUUCCUGGACGCGGCUGCAGCGCACCUGGAAGGACCCUCACGCGCGAAGCAGCAGUUUGAGGAUGCCAUGCAGCGUAUGAUAGACAAGAGGAAUGCUGUCGAUGACGCAGCAUAUGGGCAGGCCCCCAGUACUUAA